AUGAGACACAAACAAACUCAUGUUCCCUGUAGUAAAAUCGAAGGUGACUAUGUUCCCUGUAGUAAAACCGAAGGUGACUAUGUUCCCUGUAGUAAAAUCGAAGGUGACUAUGUUCCCUGUAGUAAAACCGAAGGUGACUAUGUUCCCUGUAGUAAAAUCGAAGGUGACUAUGUGUGUUGUAGUAAAACCGAAGGUGACUAUGUUCCCUGUAGUAAAAUCGAAGGUGACUAUGUUUGUUGUAGUAAAACCGAAGGUGACUAUGUUCCCUGUAGUAAAAUCGAAGGUGACUAUGUUUGUUGUAGUAAAAUUGAAGGUGACUAUGUUCCCUGUAGUAAAACCGAAGGUGACUAUGUUCCCUGUAGUAAAAUGGAAGGUGACUAUGUUUGUUGUAGUAAAACCGAAGGUAACUAUGUUCGCUGUAGUAAAGCCGAAGGUGACUAUGUUCGUUGUAGUAAAACCGAAGGUGACUAUGUUCGUUGUAGUAAAACCGAAGGUGACUAUGUUCGCUGUAGUAAAACCGAAGGUGACCAUGUUCUCUGUAGUAAAACCGAAUGUGACUAUGUUCGCUGUAGUAAAACCGAAGGUGACUAUGCUCGCCGUA